GAAUAGGUUUGUUUUCUAUACUGUAUAACGUCACUACUAUUCAACAAAAGGUGGUAAAAGUCGGGCUUUGCGGAAGUACACAACUUGCAGACUUAUCAAUGGAAACAGUGCCCAAACACUUUUAUGCAUGUUUUCAGGAUGAUAGCAGAAGCGUUUACAUCACAGUGUUUUGUCGUCUUAUCAAAAUGUGAACGUUUGUUUUGAGGUGAUAUGUAGCUGCUUUAGAGCCCCCCGACCUGGAGGUCUUUGGAGUGGGUGUGUCUAGGUUCUCUUGGCAAAACACACAGGAAGGGAGCGCCUGUGCCUGUUUUGCGCGGGGCUGCUGGAGACAGGCAGAGACGGGGUUGGUGAUGGGAGACAGCUAAGUAGGAAGUGCGACUAUACCUUUAAGUGAAAUAAAACGAAACAAGAAGCAGUCAGGGGUGUCGCUUAGCUAGUUUGCUGGGCUUACAGACAGUUUCGAUAUGAUAUUUGUUAAACUAAUUCUCAUGUUUUGCUGUCUACGAUAUAUUACAGGUUACUUUGGGAAUUCCUUGAACAAAUACAUUCGCCAUUAUGAGGGUUUAUCAUAUGACACCGAGGCCCUGCACAACAGUCACCAGAGAGCCAAGAGGUCACUCUCUCCUGAAGACGGGACUGUGCACCUGGACUUCCAUGCACAUGGAAGACAAUUUAAUUUGCGGAUGAAGAGGGAUAAAACAAUAUUUUCUCCAGAUCUCAUCAUCGAGGUAUCGGGAGAGGAGUCACCCAUUGAUACAUCACAUAUUUACAGUGGAGAACUUUUCGGGGAGAAGGGCACACUGACCCAUGGCUCUGUGGUCGAUGGGCGCUUUGAGGGCUUCAUCAAAACCCACCAAGGAACAUACUACGUUGAACCCUCAGAGAGGUACCUACAGGACAAGAACGUGCCCUUCCACUCCGUGAUCUAUCACGAAGAUGACAUCAAUUUUCCUCAUAAAUAUGGCUCAGAGGGUGGCUGUGCUGACCACUCUGUGUUUGAGAGGAUGAAGAAGUACCAGGCAUCAGCAGUAGAGGAGCCAGUAAAAGGGGUGAGCAGUGUGUUAGAGGAGGAGAGCUCUCAUGGUCCUGUCGUGUUGAGGAGGAAGAGGGAAGUGAAAAACACCUGCCAGCUCUUCAUCCAGACUGACCACUUCUUCUUCAAAUACUAUGGCACAAGAGAGGCUGUCAUUGCCCAGAUCUCAAGCCAUGUGAAGGCUAUCGACUCAAUUUACCAGGCCACAGACUUCAUGGGCAUCCGAAACAUCAGCUUCAUGGUUAAAAGGAUCAAGAUAAACACCACUGAUGAUGUAACGGACAAAAGCAAUCCUUUUCGCUUUGCCAACAUUGGAGUGGAGAAGUUUUUGGAGCUCAACUCUGAACAAAACCAUGAUGACUACUGCCUGGCCUACGUCUUCACUGAUAGGGACUUUGAUGAUGGUGUCCUUGGCUUGGCUUGGGUUGGUGCACCCUCAGGAAGCUCUGGGGGCAUCUGUGAGAAGAGUAAACUGUACUCUGAUGGGAAAAGGAAGUCUCUGAACACAGGUAUCAUCACUGUGCAGAACUAUGCUUCCCAUGUCCCUCCUAAGGUGUCACACAUUACCUUCGCUCAUGAGGUCGGGCACAACUUUGGCUCUCCUCAUGAUUCUGGCAUCGAAUGCACCCCAGGAGAGUCUACUAUGCAGGAAAAAAAGGAGCGGGGAAACUACAUCAUGUAUGCCAGAGCGACUUCAGGGGACAAGCUCAACAAUAACAAGUUCUCUAUCUGCAGCAUCCGCAAUAUAAGUGCUGUUCUGGCAAAUAAGAGAGACUCUUGUUUUGUCGAAUCUGGCCAGCCUAUUUGUGGUAAUGGACUUGUGGAAAGUGGAGAACAGUGUGAUUGCGGCUACAGUGAUCAGUGUAAAGAGUCUUGCUGCUAUAGUGCCAAUGAAGAAGAAGGCAAAAGGUGCAAACUCCAGCCUGGCAAAAAAUGCAGUCCCAGUCAAGGCCCAUGUUGCACAUCAGAGUGUACAUUCAUGGAUACAAACAAGAGGUGCAGGUAUGAGUCUGAGUGUGCCAAAGAGGGUAAAUGCAAUGGGGCUACUGCUCUAUGUCCUACCUCCGAACCAAAGGAAAAUUUCACAACUUGCCAUGCAGAAACACAAGUCUGUGUCAAUGGGGUCUGCUCUGGCUCCAUUUGUGAGAAGUAUCAUCUUGAGGUAUGUACCUGUGCCAGCCAAGAGGGCAAGGAUGAGCCAGCUGAGCUGUGUCACUUGUGCUGCAUGGAAAAAAUGGACCCGAGCACCUGCAGCAGCACAGGCUCAGAAAGAUGGGCCGAAUUCUUUAACAGGAAGAUCACGACGCUGCAGCCUGGUUCACCCUGCAAUGACUUUAAGGGCUACUGCGAUGUGUUCAUGAGGUGCCGUCUGGUGGAUGCCGAUGGGCCGCUGGCAAGGCUAAAGAAAGCCAUCUUCAAUGCAGAACUCUAUGAGAAUAUUGCAGAGUGGAUAGUGGCUUACUGGUGGGCCGUGCUGUUGAUGGGCAUUGCUCUUAUUAUGCUAAUGGCUGGCUUCAUCAAGAUCUGCAGUGUCCACACCCCCAGCAGCAACCCCAAACUUCCCCCACCAAAGCCACUGCCAGGUACACUGAAGAGGAGAAGACAGCAGCAAGCGAACCAACAGGCACAGGUCCAGCGCCACACCCGUCAGUACAGGGAGGCCUAUCAAAUGGGGCAGAUGAGACGCUGAGACACUGGUCUGCUCUUUGCCUUGGUUCUUCUUAGUGCCUACAAUGGGAGCACUUCUCUCCAAAGAGUUACUUUUAUCCCAUACUGCAAAAUGUAAUGAACUUGCAACAGAAAUAAUUUCACUGGACAAAACCUGGAUUUUUUUUCAGGCCUAACCAACUCCUUCAGCACCUGUGCUAUGAGAGCCAGAAUAGCAGUGGUUCACACAGCUUUUAUAGAAAAUAAAUUACUCUUCCAAGGAGGGACAGGAAGUUUUGUGGUCUUAAUCUUUUUUUUUUUUACCACAGAAGAGGGGAGAAAAGCAGCUUUAUGUUUGAAUCGUCUUUCUCUGUCCUCCAUCUGUUACCCUUUUCUUUCCUGUUCUUCCUCUCUAAAGUGCUGCCAUGAGCACAAUAGCAGAACUGCAAGUCACAAGAGUUUUUGCUGCCAAUCAAAAACAUUGACACAUUGUGUUGGGAGGAAGCUUUUUGCCAGUGUAAUUAGGCUGUUUUAAAAGCACCAAAUGUUUUAUUUCUUAUGUUCUUUCAAUGGGUGUUUUUUUUCUUCCCUUUUUCAAAUGAAACUGAAUUCUCUGUAUGGUGAUGCUUUACUGUUUUAAUUCACUUUCUCAGGAUUAGUAAAACAGCAGCAAACAAGUAUACUGGGGGUAAGAGAGUACUACAGGCAUAUUUCAGGUAAAGUACUUCCUGGCUGAUGUCUGAAGGGUUGAGGACACUUAGUAUGAAAAGAAUGUAGAUAAUAUGAGCUUAAUAAGAUUGUAGUGUCAUCUGUUUUCAGAUGAAGGGUUGUGGAGGGGAGAUUGAUUAUUUGGAUGUGUGUAUUUCUUGUGAUACAGUUUUGCAGCUGCGUUUACAUAAAGGUUUAUGGUGUGGGGCUGAUAUAUGGUGAGAAUAGCUUUUUAUCAAUCAUACUUGUAUUCUGUAAGAUGUCUUGCCCUGGCUUGCUGAAAUUGUGAACCAACCACUUUGUGCUACAUACUGUACAUGUUGUUACAUUCUGAAUGAAAAUGGUGAAAGGAGAAUGUUUAAAGCUAACCUUGUGUGCACUACCAGUGAAAAGGUUUGGACACGUGCUCACUUUUAAUUGAAAGGGAAUGCGUGUCCAAAUGUUUUGACUGGUAGCGCAUAUAAGAAGUAGUUUUAGAAAAGAUAUUUUUGGGUGUGAUUGUUCUAGCUGUAUUGUAAUUUGUUCUCUUUUGUCUUCUGUUCUGUCCAAUUUCACACACUUGCAGUGAAAUAACAAUGUUAAAAUUAAAAGCAGUUGUAUCGUCUAGGUUUCUCUAGCCAGAUGAAGAACCUGUUGGGUUUAAAUGCAAGUGUGGAUUUUGCUUUUACUUGCAGAUCAGAUUAAAGCUACAUGCCCAGGAACUGAAUAAAUAGAGAAAAACUAGACGUUCUAAUUUUAUUGCUGCUGCUAAACAUUUAUCAGAGCAAUCACUAUGCGGCAGCCGUCGGCUGCUGUUCUGUCCUUUCUUUUGCUUCUGGUUGGGAUUUUCUUUUUAACCCUUGUUAUACAUUAAAACGUGCCUACUUAGAGCAGUGACUGAAACUGGUGUACCAAUGUCAGUGAUCUUUAUCAUGACUGAAACAUCCUCUGGACUGCUGAAACUGAAAUAAUGUGGCUUACAGCUUGGCAACAUACACUAUGAUGUUACAAGCAUUUUCAUAUUAUAUCCCACAGUUUUUCUCUGGAUAUAGUAUUAUCUGAUUAUAUUUACUCCACCGACUUGCUUUUGCUUAGUUUUCAGUUGCCUUUAGCCACAUUAAAUCAAGGUCAGCUUCACUGACAAACAGAUGAGAAUGCAGAAGACUCCAAAUCGAGUUGCUGGUAAAAGUAUAUAGUUAGUUUCUUAAAAUAACUUAGGAGGGAACAGCUUGAUGGAGCAAAGAUCAUAUUUUUUUAAAUUAUUUUCUUACCCUUGCUAAAGAGUUAUGAGCACAGCUGCAGCUCAGGAUUGUUUUCUGUGCAAGGUGUAAGGAUGCUGAUCAGAUCGAUUCUAUGCAGAGUAUUACAAAGCUCAACAGUGACAAUGUUGGCCUCUUCACAGAGAAAUGCCUUUAUUGUUGUCUCCUAAAUGGUGAAAUGGAAAAGUCUAUUGUGCUGUCAUAAGAAAAUACUCCUAUGUGCUACAGCAACAUGCAAUCUUCUGUCACUUUCACCGAUUUAGUUUCUUUUCGGUGCUACUGGUAGUGAUACUUUUCUCCUUUUUUUAUAUAUUUUUCUUGAUUUUUGACCAAUUUCAUGUGUGAGCUGCUUUGCUGAAUCAUCCAUAUCAUUUUGUUGACUUAGUAUGAUGAUGCUGGGUGUUUAAGGUUAAUCCUCUCUGGGAUGGUUUUCUUUAUUUUAUGUGUUGCUAUGCUGUUGAGAAAAUGUGCACUGAAGCGUAAGAAACUUAAACAGAAUGAUAUAUAUUCAGUACUACUGUCUGAUUUUUAAUGUCUCCUGUUUUUUUUGUGUGUGUGUGUGUGUUUUCAGUUGCCGCCUUGUUUAUAUUUACUUUUUUGUUCUGUUUCUCAUUCUCCUUGCUUUGAAAAUUUAGCUAAAUUCACAAAGGUAUUGCGCAAAAACUUAAUUUCUUUUGAACUACUUGAAAUGCAUUAAUAAACCAGAAUUGAUCAAA